GCUCGCUGCGUCGACGUGCUGACGCCAUGACGCCCCGGCCGGUGUGUGUCGGUGUGUGUGUGUGUGUGAGUGUGCGCGCUCCGAGUGUGUGUGUAUUUGUGUAUCGGCGGUCCCGCAGGUCCCGGAUGUUGCGGACAGUAUGAAGCGAGCGCAGGGGGACGGGGACCAGCAGCUGUCGCCGCCGUUCUCAGAGAUUUCCUGUUAGACAAGACAAAUUAGAGUUCUUCCUACUGACUUAACUUGGGUGAAGAGAGAACAGAAAUCUUUGUCCCCUGACUUUGGAGAUCUUGUUUAACCUUCAAACUGGCGAUGUCAAGGGUUCCAAGUCCUCCACCUCCGGCAGAAAUGUCGAGUGGCCCUGUAGCUGAGAGCUGGUGCUACACACAGAUCAAGGUAGUGAAAUUCUCCUACAUGUGGACCAUCAAUAACUUUAGCUUUUGCCGGGAGGAAAUGGGUGAAGUCAUUAAAAGUUCAACCUUUUCAUCAGGAGCCAAUGAUAAACUGAAAUGGUGUUUGCGAGUAAAUCCAAAAGGGCUAGAUGAAGAAAGCAAAGAUUACCUGUCACUUUACCUGUUACUGGUCAGCUGUCCAAAGAGUGAAGUUCGGGCAAAAUUCAAAUUCUCCAUUCUGAAUGCUAAGGGAGAAGAAACCAAAGCUAUGGAGAGUCAACGGGCAUAUAGGUUUGUGCAAGGCAAAGACUGGGGAUUCAAAAAAUUCAUCCGUAGAGAUUUUCUCUUGGAUGAGGCUAACGGGCUUCUCCCUGAUGACAAGCUUACCCUCUUCUGUGAGGUGAGCGUGGUGCAAGAUUCCGUCAACAUUUCUGGCCAGAACACCAUGAACAUGGUGAAGGUCCCUGAGUGCCGGCUGGCUGAUGAGCUGGGAGGGCUGUGGGAGAACUCUCGGUUCACGGACUGCUGUCUGUGCGUUGCUGGCCAGGAGUUCCAGGCUCACAAAGCUAUCUUGGCAGCUCGUUCUCCAGUUUUUAGUGCCAUGUUUGAACAUGAAAUGGAGGAGAGCAAAAAGAAUCGGGUUGAGAUCAAUGAUGUGGAGCCUGAAGUUUUUAAGGAAAUGAUGUGCUUCAUUUACACGGGGAAGGCUCCGAACCUCGACAAAAUGGCUGAUGACUUGUUGGCAGCUGCUGACAAGUAUGCCCUGGAGCGCUUGAAGGUCAUGUGUGAGGACGCCCUCUGCAGUAACCUCUCCGUGGAGAAUGCUGCAGAGAUUCUCAUCCUGGCUGACCUCCACAGCGCCGAUCAGUUGAAAACUCAGGCGGUGGAUUUCAUCAACUAUCAUGCUUCGGAUGUCUUGGAGACCUCCGGGUGGAAGUCAAUGGUGGUGUCACAUCCCCACUUGGUGGCUGAAGCAUACCGCUCUCUGGCUUCAGCACAGUGCCCUUUUCUGGGACCCCCACGCAAGCGCCUGAAGCAAUCCUAAGAUCCUGCCUGUCGUAAGACUCCGUUUAUUUUCCUGAAGCAGCAGCCACUGUUGCUGCCACUGACCACCAGGUAGACAGCGCAAUCUGUGGAGCUUUUACUCUGUUGUGGGGGCAAAAGACUGUAUCGUGGCCCCCAGACUUUUAAAACAGCACUAAAUAAACUUGGGGGAAGUGGGGGGAGGGAAGGGCCCGGGACCUGGGGCUGCUCAACCUAAUGAAAACCCUGUUGCUGCGUCACUGUGUUCCCUUUGGCCUGGCCAAGUUUGAUACUGUGGGGAUUCAGUUUAGGCGCCGGCCCUGAGGACAUCCCAGCGGUGGUACUUCGGAGAAACCUGUCUGCAUCUGACUGAGCAGAGCAAAUCGUCAGGUGCCUGGAGCAAAAAGGAAAAAAAAAAAAAAAAAAAAAAAAGGACAUUUAGUUUUAAGAGAAGGGAAAAGAAAAGAAGAAAGGAUUUUUGCAGAAUUUCUCAAAAAUCAGUUUGUGGAUUCCAGUAGUAUUUAUGUUGAGAGAAAUUUUAGUCCAUCCAGCUGUGCUAAAACUUGGAUAUUUGUGACCACUCACCACCAUACAAGUAUCAGAAGAGCUCUCUUGUUGUUAGCACUUAUUGUUUGCAAGAACAGAAUACAUCCUUUUAUCCUUUUAUGAAAAAUGACAAGUGAAGGCGAGAGGGGAAGGAGGUUAUUUGAGCUGGAAGAUGCGUGUUCUGAUGUGGUGGCUUUUGCAAAAAAUCUUUAUUGGUGUUGAAAACUGGAAAAAAUAAUUCAUCCAGAAUUCAUACUGUCUUGACAAGAACUAUGGUUCUCUGUUUUUAGAUAUUGUGGAAAAUGUUUUUUGGCAUUUUUCUCUGAUUUUAUUUCUCUUCCCUCCCCCCCCUUUUCUAAAAAAACAAAACACAAAAACAGAACAAAAAGAAGAGAAAAGAAAAGGAAAUUUUAUUAUUAAUGCUGUGUGACAAAAAUCCCAGCCCAGAUUGCUCAGCUGUUUGUACCUGACUUGCCACCUGCAUAGGAGCCAGUCCUGUUCCUUCCAAUUCACCCCUUUCCUACAGGGGAGAACUUCCAAAUGUUAAUUUUUUUCUUUUUGAAAAUAUAAAUAAUUACUAUUUUGUA